AUGGAACCAGUGACUCUGUCACAGAUUUUCGACGAUCCGUUGUUUAAUGACAUUUCUGAAAAUUUUUUGGAUAACUUCGAUGUGAACGAUCUGUCUUUCGAUCUGUCUACAUUUUUGGACAGCACCGAUCUGAAAAGCUUCGAUAAUGGUGGCAUCUCUGGUCGCCCAUCUGAGAAAACAAUGUUGGAAUCACUGCUGAAGUCCAAACCAGCUUCAGACGUUUCGCCAUCAAAUACAGCGCUAAAACUAUGGGAAACAGUCAGCGUGAAAGACGAGCAAGACAAACAAGAGUUCUAUGGAACUAUAUCUGCUGAUCGCCCUACGUUCCCUCAAGUAAAGGGAGAUGGUCAAGUUUGCACACCCGUUCAGCGCAAAUAUGAAGUGCCCCUAAUAUCCAGACUAUUGUGUGAUUCCGAAAUCCAAAAUUUUAAUGUUAAAAACGAGGUAGACUCAGGCAGGUCAUACUCUAUCCAGUACUCAAUCAACUCAGGCCCUGAGAAUGCACGUUUCGUAGUCAACAAGGAUGAAGAAGAUAUCAAAGUAAAUAUGGAGCAAUGUGAACAAAAAAAUGAAACUGUUAAACGUGCACCUCAUAAUGCUAUUGAAAAACGUUAUCGUGCCAGUAUAAACGGGAAAAUAGACGAACUUCGUAAACUUCUAACACCUACCUCAUCUUCUGAUGUGAAGAUGAAUAAAUCUGCUGUUCUCCGUCGCGCGAUCGAUCGUAUUCGUGAACUUGAAGAAAUAAACGCACAAUUAAACACAGAGUUAAUGGCUUUCCGUUCAUGUAACGCCUCGAACGCAUCCUACGUCGAUUCUAAUAAGAGUACAUCAGAAAAUGAAUUAUUAUCAUUUGAAACAUCACCAUCUUUAGACAAUCAAAAAAUGAAUGAUUAUUAUCAUCAUUGUAAAACUUCUCCACAUAGUUUUACCAAUGAAUGUACGCCAUUAUCAGUUAAUCAAGUAUUUCAUUUUACAGGUAAAUCUAUUCAGCCAACCAAUGUAUCACCACAUAAUUCAAAUAGUACAGAAGGAUCAAUGAAAAAAAUUAAAGAAUAUUCUUAUUCAUUUCAUCCAUCAUCAUCGUUAUCUUCUGCAUCAUCAUCUUCAUUGUCAUCACCUCCAUCAGUCAAUUCACCGCCUAAUUUCCAAUUAAAUAGUGAUAUUAAAUUCACCACCAAUUCACAAUAUUCCAUAUCACCACCAUCAUCAUUAUCUAACAACGGUGUUAUCGUUCCAUCAUUUGCAUUACAACAUCAUGAUUCAUAUGAUAUUAAUAAUUGUAUUAAUAAUGAAAAUUUACCAACCUAUCAACAGCACCACUACUAUCAUCCAUUACCAUCAGCCCCUCUAUUACAAUCAGUAAAUAUUCAAAAUUGUUGUGGACCAGAACAAUUAUUCUGUGCACCGAAUCCAAAUGUCAUUUUACCUGAACAGUCAUUGAUCAAGAAAAGUGGUUACGAUCGUAAAGUUCAUCGUAAACGUUUAGCUGAUGAUUCCAGCGGUGGAGGACGAGGAGGAGCAUCGUCUUCUCCGACUAAGGCAAGAUGUGGCCAUUUACUAGUUAAUCAUGACUUGGAAGUAAAGAAACUAGCUGUUCCAUAUAUGAAAGAAAAAUUCAACCUCAUAUCAACAAAUAAUAAUACUAAUAAUAUACAAGCACAAUUUCCUACUGUAUGUCAAUUACUAUGUGAACCUAAUUCAUGUUCACAUAUGUCAUCAUUACCUGUGCUUAAAAAAGGUAAUAUACCAAAUGUUGCUGUAAAUCAACAAUAUCAACAACAUCAUCCAAUUAAUGGUGGUUAUAAUGAAGUAGUAGCACGUACUACUCUAUGCAUUGCUGCCCUAUGCCUUAUUGCUUUUAAUCCAGCACAAUUAACUAAUCAAGCGUAUAUGAGCAGUAGCGGUAGUAGUUCAAAAGACACUAAAGUAUCAAAUGCUAGAACUUUGCUCUCGUAUUUCGAUUCAUCUACCACUACCAUCAGCAGCAGUAACAGCAUAUUAACAAUGAAUAUGCCUAGUUCAUGGCUUGUAUCAAUAAUGUAUAUUUUACAAUGGUUUAUCGCUUUAUUAUUAUGUUCAUGGGCUUGUUAUAAAAAGCAUAUACAUGUUCAUCUUUUUAAUUAUAAUUAUUAUUGGUCAAAGUCAAAAAACAAAACCAUUUCAUCGCAUGAGGUUAAAUCACAUUUUAGACAAGCUAAUUUAGCUAUAAGUCAGCUAACUUGGUCAGUUGCUGAUUAUCACUUGAAACAAUGCUUAUAUUCACUUGGCAGUAAACAUUCGGAAUUGGCUCAAUCUGCAUCAACUGUUUCUCUUCCUCGAUAUAUUUAUCUAUGCACAGGAUCUUUAGUUAAAUUAGGAAUUAACCUAUUUAGUAUAAUUUCUAUCAAACUACCUUGUUGGCUUUGGAUAUGUUAUUUUAAAAAGAAACCUGAUCAACAUAAUCCAAUAAUUGACAGCGAUCGUUCGUACUCUAAUGAAAAGAAUAUCAUCUCCGCAGCGGAAGUUCGCUUACGCCUAAUGGAAUUAUAUUUAUUUGACUAUGUACCGAAAAAAGUUAAUAUCAACAAUUCUAUACUUUUCAAGUUCAAUCGCUUAUUGGAUAAUAUCUCUUUGACUGUAAUGUGUAUUCGAGACUUUCUUGAUUCUGUGUCUACUCAUGAAAUAUUUUAUAGUAAGGACAAGUUGAAUGCAACUAAUCUAAAUAUUCAAGCAUCACCAGUUGUUAAUGAAAAAUUGCCUAUCAAUCUUUUGUCCAGACAAGGUGUUACACUUGGAUUAUUUUUAAAACGAAAACUUGGACUUCAUUAUCUUGGUUCGCUGAUCAUUCGUAUGACAGUUCAUGUGACUCUCCGAUUUCUCUUGUCGAAUUUAUGGAUAAAUUGGUUCAAUAAUUCAACAUUUAUCAAUUUAAUUAUUUCUAAUCGAAAGUUGAAUUCAUGUGCCAUAGGUAUCAAUAGAACGUCAUCGUUAUCAUCAUUAACCAGACCUACACAAACCAUCGGUUUACACGAAUCUUCAUCCGGCAAAGAUUUAUCACUAGCAAAUUAUACAGAAAAAAAUAUUAUCAAUCAAAUAUUGAUUGAAUUACGUGAGCAUAUUACUAGUCAUUGUUUAAAGAUUAUAUUGUAUGGUGAAGUUGAUCAAGUGAAAAGCUUAUAUUCAUAUAUUCAUUUACUGUUACAAUUAUCACCAUCAUUAAAUGCUUACAAUAAUAGUGUGGAUAAUUACAGAAUUGAAUAUGAAGAAACGAGUGAUCAGGUUUCAUGUGCUCACUGGUGGGCUCAAAUGUUGAAUAUUCUCUGGGAAUAUAGAUGUAAUCAAACCACACUACCUUUACAAACAGUAUCAUCAUCAUCAAAAUUGCAAAUAACAGGAAAAAAGUCAAACCAAACGUAUCAUGCUGUUACACCUCAAUCACUUUCCAACUGUCCUCGUUUAGGUGAUCUAGUUAAAAUGUUAUCGAUUAUUAAUAAAUUUGAUUCUUUGGAAUGGAACUCAACUUCUUGUAUGCUACAUACUGUAUGUUCUUUAGUACGAAAUCUUAAAAAAUCUUGUCGAAAUUUAACUCAUAUCAAUAUGGUUAAUAAAGAUCCUUCUGAAUCUGAUCUUCAAUUAGAUUAUAUGAGAUUCAACUUUCUGGCUUGGUCUAUGAUCGCCACCAGUUGUUUGAUUGAUGUUUUAAUUGUAAAAUUAAAAAGUUUCAAUCAUAUUCAUAAUUAUGUUGAUGAUGAUGAUGAUGAUGCCGAUGAUGAUGAUAUGUUAGUGAAAAGUACACCGACUACAAUUAUUAGGAAUGAUCAAUCUGUUGAAUUAAUUCAAGGUUUCAAUAAUGCAUUGCAUUUGUUACAACAAUUAGUUGAUUAUUUCAAUAUGCCUACAUCGAAUUGGAUUAGAAUAAAAUUACGAAGUGCGGAAGCUGUUCACCGUUUGCUAACUGGAGCAAAUCGAAUUCGUGCACGAUUUGCUCUAUUACAAAAUUAUAGUCUCUCUUGUGUAGCUUCCUCUUCUGUUACAGGUAAUAUUAAGGAUAAUUUAACCAAAUUGGAGAAUGAUAACGUUUCCAUUCCUAACGUAUCUAACCGUAGUGGUAAUAAUAGUCAGAAUUUACUUGACUGUCAUGAUCGUUUAAAUGGGAAUGUUUCUGCAUUAAUUAAUCGGUCAUCGCAUAGAAAUGGCAUGUUAUUACAAUCACCAGGGUGUUGA